AGGAAGAUGAGGUGAGGAGCGAUGGGUCGAACAGGGGAGAGUGGAGCAGCAGCGACAGCGAUGACGCAAAGGACCAAGACCAGGAGACGAGAGCAGAGAAGCUUCCCGAUGUCGUGCCAGUGAGCAAGGGACACGAGAGGGAGAGCCAGAAGAAGAGAGGAUCCUCCUCCGCGAAGGACUCCUCCGCCAACAUGGGCUCCAAAGACAAGAAAUCCAAAGACGAGAAGAAGAAGAAAGACAAGGGAAGGGAGGAGGAGGACGCGGCGGCCGAACAGGGCGAGGGGGACGAGGACGCCAAAAAGAAGAAGAAGAAAAAAGAGAAGAAAGGCAAGAAGGGAGCGGAGAGCGACGAUGACAACAAGAAAGAGAAGAAAGGGAAGAAGAAGCCGAAGCAGCAGGACUACGUGGAGAUCUACGAGAACGAGCUGAAGAACUACAACGAAGACACCGUGGAAAACUACGAGGACGAGUACCACAAGAAAAAAGUGUAUGAGGUGGUGACCAUCACGGGAGACGUCAGCGGAGCGGGCACAGAUGCCAACGUGUUUGUCACCCUGUUUGGGGAGUAUGGCAUCACACCCAAGCUGCAUCUGGCCAGCAAGAGCAGAACGGCUUUUGAGAAAAGCAAAACAGAUGUUUUUCGGCUGAAAACUCACAAUGUUGGGCCUCUGAAAAAGCUAAGAAUCGAACAUGAUAACACGGGCUUGAAUGCCAGCUGGUUCCUGGACCGCGUGACGGUGACGGACAUGAACAGGCCUCACCUGCGCUUCUACUUCGCCUGCAACAACUGGCUGAGCAAGGACGAGGCAGACCACCUGUUUGUGAGAGACUUGCUGGGCACUUCUGACCCCAUGGACAUGCCCAAAUACAAUAAAUAUGUGGUAAGUGUGUUUACAGCCGAUGUUAAGGGAAGCGGAACAGAUGCAGAUGUCUUCAUCAAUAUUUUUGGGGAGUUUGGAGACACAGGGGAGAGGCGAUUGGACAAUGACAAAAAUAACUUUGAGCGAGGCACUGAAGACAAGUUUACGAUUGAGGCACCAAACCUGGGAAAAGUCCGGAAAAUCACGAUUGGCCACAACAACAAAGGAUCGUCUGCAGGCUGGUUUGUGGACAAGGUGUCUCUGGAUGAUAUGGGGAACAAAACCGUCUAUGAGUUUCCUCUGGGGCGCUGGUUCGCCAUCGAUGAAGAUGACGGAAAGAUCCAGAGGGACGUGCUGGUAGGGGGUAGUCAGCCUACAGGGAUCAUGUACAAUGUCCAGAUCGUCACGGGCAACAUACGGGGUGCCGGCACCAACUCCAAGAUCCACCUCGUGAUGCACGGCUCCAAGGGGCUGAAGAACAGUGGGAAGGUGUUCCUGGAGGGAGGCCGGUUCGAGCGCGGCCUGACAGACAUCUUCAAUGUGGAGAUCGCUGCCCUGCUCAGCCCCCUCAGCCGAGUCUCCAUCGGCCACGACAACGGGGGCGUGAGCUCUGGAUGGUACUGUGAGAAGGUGGUGGUAUUCUGUCCUUUCACAGGCACUGAACAGACGUUCUCCUGCUGUAAGUGGCUGGAUGAGGACGAGGGGGAUGGUCUGGUGGAGAGAGAGCUCUAUGAGAUGGUGUCCCUGCGCCAGAAGAGACAGAAGAAGCACCCUUGGUCCCUGUGGAUCUGGACGUCGGACCUGCCCGGGGCGGGGACAGAUGCAACUGUGUUCUUCCAGAUGUACGGAGAGAAGGGGAAGUCAGACGCGUUGAAGUUAGACAACAAGACAGACAACUUUGAACAGGGCCAGCUGGAUAAGUUUAUUGUGGAACUUCAAGAUCUUGGGAAACUGACGAAAGUACGUCUUUGGCAUGAGAAACGGAAUCCAUUCGCAGGAUGGCAUUUAAAGAAGUUGUCCCUGAUGAAAACUUUGACCAAAGAGAUGUAUAAGUUUCCGUGUGAGCGUUGGUUGGAUGUUAAUGAAGAUGAUAAUGAGAUUGUGCGUGAGCUUCCUGCCACAGGAGACGGAAUAUCGGAGCCGUUGCAAUUGAUUAAAUACAGAGUGACAGUGUGUACUGGGGAUGUUGGUGGCAGUGGCACAGACGCCAGCGUCUUCCUGUGCCUGAUUGGGGACCUGGGGGACUCUGGGUACCGCCCUCUUGUCAACUGCAAGAACAACGUCAACAAGUUCGAGAAGGCCAGCGCAGAUGAGUUCAUAAUCGAAGCAGUGUCCAUUGGCCGAGUGAGGAGAGUACGGAUUGGCCAUGACGGGCGGGGGGGCGGCUGUGGCUGGUUCCUUGAUAAAGUUUUAGUGAGGGAAGAGGGCAAGACAGAGAGCGAGGCCGUGUCCUUCCCCUGUAACAGGUGGCUUGACCGAAAUGAGGAUGAUGGACAGAUCGUUCGUGAGUUAGUUCCAUUGGCUGAAGGACAGCGUCUGUACAAUGUUAGCUAUCACAUAGCAAUAAAGACAGGCAACAUCAGCGGGGCCAGCUCCGACUCCAAAGUCUUCGUGAAGCUGUACGGAGAGAAAGGCGACACCAGUAGGAUGAUGCUGGUGGUUUCUGACAACAACUUGCGGAACUACUUUGAGACGGGCCGAGUUGACAUAUUCACAGUAGACACGUUCGACAUUGGACAAAUAAGCCGUCUGAUGAUCGGCCACACCAACGAGGGGAUGAGGGCGGGCUGGUUCCUGGACAGUGUCCAGAUCAUGGUGCCGGUGCACGGCAAGCACUACAUGUUCCCCAGCGACCGCUGGCUCAGCCAGGACGAGGCCGACGGGAAGACGGAGGUGGAGAUCUACCCCAGCGAGAUCCUGGAGCAAGAACAGCUAAUAAACUAUGAGGUCACAGUUGUCACUGGAGAUGUCUUUGCUGCCGGCACCAAUGCCAAUGUCUUUCUCCAGAUGUAUGGAGACCAAGGCAAAACAGAAUUACUCACGUUAAAGAGCAGGUCCAAUAACUAUGAGAGAGGGACAACAGAAAUCUUCAAGAUUGAGGCCGCGGAUGUGGGGAAGAUCUUCAAGAUCCGCAUCGGUCAUGAUGGCGCAGGGAUGGGCAGCGGCUGGUUCCUGGAGAAGUUGGACAUCAAGCGCCUGGUGCUGGGCAUGGUCCCGAAGGAGAAGAAGGAGGACAAGAAGAAGAAGAAGAAAAAGAAGAAGGGAGAGGAGGAUGAGGAGGAGGAUGAAGCACAGGAGAUGCAGGAGAUCGUGCAGACGUACUCCUUCGUGUGUGACCGCUGGCUGGCCAGAGACGAGGAGGACGGGGAGAUUGUUGUGGAGCUGCUCACUGAGGACGCCGAGGACCUCGAAGAGAACACGUACGAGGUCAGCGUGUUCACGGGCAGCAUGUGGGGCGCGGGGACGGACGCCAACGUUUACGUCAACAUUUACGGGGAGAACGGAGACACGGGGGAGCGCUUCCUUAGGAAGUCCAACUACCUGAACAAGUUUGAGAGUGGACAGGAGGACGUGUUCUCCCUCACAGCAGUGGAUCUGGGUCCACUUAAGAAGCUCAGGAUUCGUCAUGACGACACAGGGCCGAACUCUGCCUGGUACUUGGACAGAGUGGAGAUUGUGGACACUAAAGAUGAGACCACGUACUACUUCCCGUGCACCCGCUGGCUGGCCAUCGACGAGGACGACGGACAGAUCGCCAGGGAGCUGGUGCCAGUAGAUGAGGCCUUCAUGAAGAAGAACGAUGAUGAUGACGAGGGAGGCGAAGCUAAGCUCGGCCUGGAGCAGAAAGCCAUGUCAACAACAUAUACAAUGCUAGUCAAGACGGGAGAAAAGAAGUAUGCUGGAACUGAUGCCAAUGUCUUUGCCAUCCUGUACGGAGAGAAGGACGACACAGGAAUAAUCAACCUGAAAGCCUGUAAGCUACACAAGAACAAGUUUGAGCAGGGCAUGAUUGACGAGUUCACUGUGGAGGCGGUCGACCUUGGAGAUCUGCAGAAGCUGCGGAUUGGCCAUGACAAUUCAGGGGGAUCAUCUGGCUGGUUUCUGGACUGGGUGGAGAUCAACGCUCCGUCUCAGGGUCUAAGACUACGUUUCCCAUGUGGCCGUUGGUUGGACCGAGGGGAGGACGAUGGAGCUAUUAUGAGAGACCUGUACCCUGCAGACCUACAGACAGAGUACUAUGUCCCCUUUGUCCCGUACGAGAUUAAGACUUUCACCAGUGAUGUUUUUGGGGCGGGUACUGAUGCCGACGUCUUCAUCGUGCUCUACGGGCAAAAUGCCGUGUGUACACAGCAGGUGAAUCUCUGCGUUAAUGAGAGAGAGAGGCACUUGUUCUUCGAAAGGGGCGCUGAAGAUAUGUUCAUUGUGGAGCUGGCAGAUGUAGGUGAUGUCAUUGAGAAGAUCCGCAUCGGACACGACAACCGAGGAACCAACCCGGGGUGGCACCUGGACCGGGUGGAGAUCCGACGCCUGCUGAGGAAGGGGAAGGGCUCGGAGACCAUCAUCUUCCCGUGUGAGUGCUGGCUGGCGCGGUCCGAGGACGACGGGGAGACGGUGCGGGAGCUGGUGCCCUCUGACAUCAUCACAGAGAAGCUGCUGAGAGACGGGACGUUGAAGGUCAACGAGACAGAAGUGGACGACGCGCUGGAGACCCACGAAUACAAGGUGUCGGUCCGGACUGGUGAUAUGUAUGGAGCGGGAACAGAUGCCAACGUCUUCCUCACCCUCUACGGGGACCUGGGUGACACCGGGGAACGCAGACUCCGGAAGUCCGAGGGCAACAGCAACAAGUUCGAGAGAGGAGCGGUGGACAAGUUCACCAUCGAGGCGGUGGAUCUUGGCCUGGUGUUCAAGGUUAAGAUUCGCCAUGACAACUCCAUGAUGGGGGCGGACUGGUACCUGGAUCAGGUGGAGGUGGUGGACAUGGAGACCGAUGAGGUGUACAUGUUCCUGUGUGAGCGCUGGCUCUCCAAGAAGAAGGAGGACAGACGCAUUGAAAGGACCUUUUAUGUCAAGGGCUAUGAAGGAGAGAGGAACAGCUCCAAGAACAGCUCUAAAACCACGAUGAAGAGUCUGGACAGCAACAUGAACAAGAAGAAGAAGAAGAAGAAAGCCGCUGUAGUGGAGGAAGGGCCAGAGAUCCCCUAUGACUUCACGGUGUCCACGGGCCUGGAGCGGGACGCCAGCACCACGAGCCGUGUGUAUGUGAUCAUCAUGGGGCCCGGAGAUCUGGAGACAGACAGGAUGUGGCUCGACCUGCCGGAGGGGAAGAAGAGCUUCGCCUCGGGCAGCAUGGAGCACUUCCAGAGCUACGGCCUCGACGUGGGCCAAAUCAAACGUGUGGAGCUGGGACACAAUGGAGCGACACCCGAGAGCUGCUGGUUGGUGGAUGAGCUGUCUGUCGCCGUGCCAACCAAAGGGAUCAAAUAUAUCUUCCAGUGUAAGUGCUGGCUGGCCAAGGACCGCGGAGAUGGGCUCACAGCCAGAGUCUUCAACAUACUCGAUGCCACCGGCAUCAGUAUUAUACGAAAGGUGCUUUAUGAGGUCACCGUUGUCACGGGAGACACGCAAGAUGCUGGGACUGACACCAACAUCUACAUCACUGUGUUUGGAGCUAAUGGAUGCACUGAGGCCAUCUUACUGCCUAAGAAUGAGGACAGGUUUGAAAGAGGCCAAGAGGACACCUUCAACCUGGAGAUUGAUGAUAUUGCCCCUCUGAAAAAGAUGAGGGUUCGUAUCGAUGGCACAGGGAGUCGCCCAGACUGGUUCCUUGAUCAGAUCAUCAUGCGUAACACUAUAACCGAGGAAGUGUCCGUCUUCACCUCGGAAAACUGGCUGUCUAAGACCAAGGGCCCCAAGAGGACGAACACCUGUGAGUUAGCAGCUGUAGUGGAUGAGGAGGACAUGGUGGAGUUGACCACCUACAUCGUCACAAUCAAGACCAGCGACGUCUCAGGCGCCGGGACGGACGCUAACGUGUCCCUGAUCAUCUUCGGAGAGAACGGGGACAGUGGGGUCCUGGCCCUGAAGGAGAGCAGCAAUAGAAACAAGUUUGAGCGCAAACAGGUGGAUGUGUUCCGAUUUGCGGACAUCUUUAGUUUGGGAGAGUUGUCAAAAGUCCGGAUUUGGCACGACAACAAGGGGCCAGCUCCUGGUUGGCAUCUGGAGUAUGUUGAUGUGAAGGAUGAUCUGAUGAGCGAGACAUUCCGCUUUCCGUGUGACCGCUGGCUGGCCAAGAAUGAUGACGACGGGCAGAUCAUGCGGGAGAUGGCAUGUGCCAACAACGACAAUUUGGACCUCAACGAGAAAACCAAAUAUGAAAUUGCCACGACGACAGCCAGCACUGACGACGCUGAUACUAAGGAGAACGUCUGGAUUGUGCUUGAAGGGAGGAAAGGGCGCUCCAAGGAGCUGAUGAUGGAAAACAAGAAAAAGAAGUUCCUGCGAGGUGCCACAGAUACAUUUGAGUUCUCUUCCAAAAACGUCGGUGAAAUCGUGGGCAUUUGCCUCGGCCACAUCACCAAAGACGGCAAGAAGCUGAAAUCAGAGUCUUUCUGGCAUGUUCUGGAGGUGGUGGUCACCGAGAAAGAGCUCGGGAAUAAGUUCACAUUUCACUGUGAUGCACAGAUCCCCCUCUCUGCCAAAAGGGACGACUUCAUGACCUUUGAACUCACCAAGGCUGUGGAGAGCUUUGCCAGUAAGGUGCGCAGCCUGGUACCAGUGAAGUAUGAGAUCAUCAUCAUCACAGGUGACAUAAAGGGCGGGGGCACCGAUGCCAACGUCUUCAUCACCAUCUUCGGCGUCAACGGAGACUCAGGGAAACGCGCCGUGAAGCAGAAGUUCCGGAACCUUUUCGAGCGAGGCCACACCGACCGCUUCAUGAUGGAGAUGCUGGACCUGGGGGAGCUCCUGAGGGUGCGGGUCGAACACGACAACACCGGGCCCAAACCAGGCUGGUACUUGGAGUGUGUGGAGAUCACAAACACGGCCAACUGGGUGACCACCAUUUUCAUGUGUGGGAAGUGGCUGGACAUCACUAAAGCGGACGGGCAGAUCCAGAGAGUGAUGUAUCCCAGGUGCUGAGACCGAACACUGACCGAGGCUUGGGGUUUCAUCUUGGACCGAAAAAAAUAUUUCAUUUGAUGGUUAAAAUGAUCAAAUAUUUGUACAUUUUUAUUUCAAACGUAAGGCUUUUUUUUUUAUUAUUACAACAAACAUCUGAACCUUUUUUUUUUAAACUGGGUUGAUGAACUUUGAAAUCAUACCAUCUCUCACCGUUGCCUUAGGCAGCCAGUCCAGGGAACACCCGCACCAGUGCACCAGAAUGCCAUUUCACUGAGAUGUGUUUGGAACGGUCAAAACUACAGUGCCCAUAAUGCCAUUUUUCAAUAUAGACUUGAGCACUACUGCAGGUACUUCAGUGUUUUAUAAAGGCAUCGUGUUAAAUGGACCUCUGUGAUACGAGGCGUUGUGUAAUUCAUUUCUUUUGAAUUCUAUGAUGAC